AUGUCCCGACCAGACAGUUUGUCGAUAUUUCUACCAGAUAAUGAUUCAUUUGAACUCCCUAUGAUUGCUGAUGACAAGCCCGUUGCCCCAAUCAUAAAGAAGCUCUCAGACUCUAUUAUACAAGCAAUUCCAGUUGCCCCUUACAGUUUUGACCAAAUGUGGGCAACAACUGCUUGA